AGUGACGCACUUCCUGUGAUCCAGGCGCCGGUGUUUCAUGUUGGUGUUCUUGGACUAUGAAGAAGACAGACGACAACCAACAAUCCUAACAGACGACAUCGUUUCUGACAAGCCAGCCAAAGAGAUUAUUCUCACAGGGGACGCAGUCGAAAACUCAGUGCAUUUAAGAGUUAAGCUAACAACUUUUUCUCAGGUCGAGGAGCUUCUGAAAAUACAAAUAUACAACCAUGGCUAAAGUUCAGGUGUUAAACGUCGCUGUGUUGGACAACCCGAGCCCGUUUGGAAAUCCUUUUCAGUUCGAAAUCACAUUUGAGUGCAUGGAGGACUUGCCUGAAGGUAGGUAAUGUGACAGCUGUCGUGCAUAUUUGCAGUAUUUUUGCUGUCGAAUACUUGCUUUCCUUCUGGUCCUUUCUGCGUCAACAGCAAUAACUUAUAACUUGUAUGUUCAUAUGUUAAGGCAAUCUUACCCUUUUAAACUUAAGUGGGUUCAAUUGUGCUAUUAUUAUGCUUUACUUGUGAAAUAUUUCCCUAGACAUGGAGUUAAAAAUUGGCGCUGGCGCGUUCGUGUUCAGCGCCCCGCCUCCUCUGUGUAGUGAUUGGUUCGAGGUGGCUUUCCUGAGGAGUUGAUUGGUUCUUAAGGCUUUGUUACUGUAGCAACCGACAACUCAAUGAGUUGCCGCGAACUGAAGGGAAAGACAAAAGGGAAGCGUACAGUCCACGGGAGGCAGUCACAGACAUGCAGAGGUUAACGAAAAUGUAGAGGUGCAGACUGAUUAAACAAUAUCAUACUUAAGUUAAUUAAUUGUAUAAAAUUCAGCAUUGAAUCGUACUACUGGGAGUAUUCCCCACAUUUCUGCUGGCUAAUAUGUGAUGAUGAUAUCAAGAUGAGAAAAUACAAAAUGUGUCAGUCUUACCUUGAUCUAUCAUCUGUGAAAAUGAUAGGGGUAAAAUUGCAGGGUAAGUCAUGAUUUUAUACUCAACACUGAAGGACACCCCUAGUGUGAACUGAAUUCACAGAUGUGUCAUUUUGCCAAGAUUUUUCCUCGUGUGUUUGUUAGCUUUAUAGACAGGAUUAUACUCUCUAACUCUCACUCCUGUGUGUGUGCAUGUGUGUGAAUCCAGAUCUUGAGUGGAAGAUCAUUUAUGUAGGUUCAGCUGAGAGUGAAGAGUACGACCAGGUGCUGGAUUCUGUCCUUGUCGGCCCAGUGCCAGCAGGCAGACACAUGUUUGUGUUUCAGGUAAGUAAGCUUUGGUCACGUGCUACCUGUCACCCUCUUUUGAAAUACCACUAGAAUACAGAUCAACACUAGGGUUAAUGCUCAAGGAACCAAAUUUAUAUGUAUUUUAAUUACCUUGUACAUCUUGCUUUGUGCUGCACCAACAGAAUAGAUAAUGUGGUUAACUGUAGUUUCAUUUCUCACUCUUUGUGUCUCUGGCUCAGGCUGAUGCUCCUCACACAGGACUGAUUCCAGAGAGUGAUGCUGUAGGAGUGACUGUGGUCCUUAUAACAUGCACCUACCGUGGGCAGGAGUUUAUUCGCAUUGGUUACUAUGUCAACAAUGAAUACACAGACCCUGAGCUACGAGAAAACCCACCUCUUAAACCAGACUACACGCAGGUAACUCAAACAUACCUCAAAAAUCUGUGUAAAGCACAACACGUGGGUCAAGCUUCAGAGAAGACUCUAUUGAUGGGUAUGGUUUUCAACUGCCCUCUGGUGUUCAAUGUGUUUAUGGUCAACAGUCUCCAUAGCCUCAGAAAAGAACCAUGUCAUUAAAGUUAAGCUUGUGUUCCUUUAAGCUGCUUUUCUGUGUGCACUCUGGAAAAUGUAUGGAAAAUAUUAUGUGCUCUGACCCCAAAGUGGACCUGACUGAUGUUCACACAUACACCCUCUCAACAUGAAGGCCACUUGGACGAGGAGGGUGGGGCUUACGGGUUGCUAGACGGCUGAUCAUGACUCCAGACAUAAACACUGAUCCUUUAAUGUUACUCCUAUGUGUUUUAGUUCACUUGACCUCUUCCUCUCUGUGGUUUCCCCCUCAACCCCUGGCAAAUGUGUCAGUAAAAACUCACUACCAUGUUCUUGUCAAUAAUCACUGUUCCCUCUGAUCACCUGUAAAGCAUCUGUCAAACGCUGCCUCAUUCAUGUUGCUUAGUGACUAAGGGAGGAGAGAGAGUCUCAAAGUUUAUUAAUCACUGAUGGCCAUGUUGUUUUGAAAAAUGCUGGAUCAGAGUUGUCUCUGGCAAAAAAAGAAAGGCAAGUUUGUAAAGGUGUGUUUGGACACAAGAUCCAGACUGGGAGUAUGAUGCUGAAUUUGACCUUAAAGGAAUAUUCCAGGGUAAAAUUUAAUUCGGGUCAAACACACUGUAACACCAAGUGAGACACCCCCUUGAGAGAUGAAUGUUGCCGACUGCUUGCUUCUCUAGUUAUACCAACUUUAGUAACAACCACGUGAUAGUAAUACGCAGAAGUCUACGUCUCCUCGCGCAAACCUCAACCAAAAAGCCACUUUAUAGUCACAAAUAAUGCUCAGAACAGCACCGAACUUCAUCAACAGUACAUAUAGUGUUCCAGCCACAGCACUAGGCACCAAACAUAUUUCUAGCUUUGCCUAAUUUCUUUAGCAAAUAGACUAAACACAACUCACCCACUCUCUUCCAGCAGCGGCUUGUUUGUAGGUAGAACUCGGACGAGUCCAUUACUGAAGCAGCUCAAGGACAUGUUUGAUCAUUCCUUUAUCAUUUCCUUGAAGUAAUAACCCCCUAAUUAAUCAUUUUGCACUUCUUAAAGAAAUCAGGCAAAGCUAAAAAGAUGUUUGGUGGCUAGUGCUAUGGCUGGGACCCUAUAUGUACGGUUGAUGAAGUUGGGUCCUGUUCUGAGCAUUGGGGGGGUCUAACUCGGUGUUACCCUACAGCAAACUCAAACUAACCAAUGGGGUCUUUUUUUCAAUUUCUGACUCCCAUGCCUUGUUAUCACUAAACACAAAAGUAGCUGAAAUAAGUAUAAAUAAGUAUGUCAAGUCCAACAAAGCAAUAUGAUAAGGUGGAAAAAUAUUCCACAGCUAUUGCAAUAAUCGCACUAUAUCUGGGUCACAAAUUAUGGGCUGCAUCCUUCAAAGUAUACAGCCUACAAAGGAUGUGUCCUUGGUAAGCUUUAUUAUAUUUUUCGUCUUUGAAAACUGCUAAGGCUGAAAUGUCUAUAGAGGAUUUACUGUUUGCAUGGGCUGCGGUUUCCACUCCUUAUGCAUCAUGUGAGCGCUGUUCCUGUCACCUAGUAAGAAGUUGCGAGCUAGCUUGCUGACAAUGUCAAGUUUCAAGGCUUUACAUGUUUGUUUGCUAGCUACUGGUUGAAAUUAGAUGUAAACCUUUUAAAAAUGUAGUACUCUGCAGUUUAGGAGUUUACCAUCUCAUUGUAAUUUGAAGCGCAAUAAAUAUUCGUAUAGGUUUGGCCACAAAAGAUGAGCGUAUUGUUUCUGGUGGAUCAGGUAGGGGGAGAACACAUUGGUCAGUCUCAGUUUAAAGAACUUUUUAAUUUAGACUGUCCUGUCCUGCAGUCAAAGAAUGCUACCCCAGACACAGCUUGGAUUAAAAUGUAUUGAGCUGCCAUUAACAAGUCAGUUUUUUGAGCUCCCUUUUUGGUGACUACCUUUGAUUUUACUUGUAUUUCUAUUUCCCAAUUCCAACCUCAGCAUUAUCAAUUCAACUAAAUUGUAUUUUUUUGUGUGUGAUUUAGUCCCAAAGUCACAUUUUUCUCUCAGCUAUCAGCAGUCCAAGGGCUUGGGCUAAAGUCUGGGUUAAUCCAAAUAGCUUAACUCUAAGUAAACCCUGUUUUCAUAAGCCAGGUUGAUGGAUAAGUCCCUCAGUGCAAUAAAUUGGUCCAUUUAACUAAUGAUAUUGACAUCUACACCACUGCAUAAUUUUUCAGCUUUCCACUAACACUUAUGUCUUUCCCUCAGCUCCAGAGAAAUAUCUUGGCCUCCAACCCCCGUGUGACCCGCUUCCAUAUCAACUGGGAUGGUUUAGCAGACAAGGUGGAGGACAGCGAGAACGUAGACCCGUCCCCCAACAUCAGUGGUAUGCUCCCCCCAGCCUGUAUACCAGGAAAGAUGCCGGUGCUUGGACUGAUGCCAGACAAUUCCAUGGACUGCAUGUAAGGGUCAACAGAUAGAGAAACUGUAUAAAAGGCUCUUUAGACAUCACAAACACACAUUUGGACAAGGAGGCCAUGUAACCAGUCAAUGUAGAUAUUUACAGAAAACAGGGACUUUAUUUUUAUACAAAGUAUUCAGACGAGAGGGAUCUGUUAUGAACCCUCUCUGUGUCACUCUUUCUUUCAACAUUCAGAGAUCUGUGCUACCAACUUUGCCUUAUUUAACUGUUCUUCUGUUUUUGAUCAGGAUCAGCAGAUCAUUCACUGCUGUGGGUACAGCAGUUCAGUUUGUCCUCUUAAGCAUAGAUCAAAGCUACAGGUGGUGCUCUGCCAGUGAGAGUAGAUUCAACACUUGCUGCCAAUAGUUAAGCAUUUGAUACUUCUGAAGGUUUGUCUGGUUUGACACUUACUUAAAGUUCUUGGGUUACCUCCAAAAACUAACCAUAGCUCGUGAAACAUGAGCAUUGUUCAGGUUCCUAUGAAAAGAAGCGGCUGUUAGCCUGAUCACCAGCUCUACCUUAUACUUGCAUGUUGUGCUCGUCCUGACAACUCAACCAGUCGACUUCUGUAAACAGGACCUGACUGAUUAAAAUGUUCCAUCAUAAAUGGGUCUGUACUUGUAACACAUGUAAAAUAAAAAGGGGGGAUUAAUGCCAUACUGCAGUCAAUUUGUUUAGAUAAUGUAAGCAUGUAAAUAAUGUCUUCCUAAGCGCUUAUUUUGUGUUACGAUUGGAAGACAUAUUCUUUUGUACGUACUCUAUAUUCUCUACUUCACUAUUUGUAAUGACAGUGAUGUGGUUAAUAAAGUUUGCUUUGUUGAUUUUG